AUGAUCUCGCGCGCCGCCAUCCAGCGACAGGCUCAGCGCGCCCUCCGCCAGUCGUGGCAGCCGUCGACUAGGGGCUAUGCCUCCCCAGCUUCCGGCUCGCUCGCAUACCAGCAGGGAGACGCCAAUGGCAUCAAGUACGCCAGCAGAGACUACGCCGGUCCUGUCACCACACUGGCCCUUGUGUCCAAAGCUGGCACCAGGCAUCAGAUCCUCCCAGGUGUCGCAGAGGGCCUGGAACGAUACGCGUUUAGGUCCACCGAGCGACGUUCGACCCUGCGGAUACAACGCGAAUCUGAGCUGCUAGGCUCUGAGCUCCUCCGUUACCACACCCGCGAGAACCUUGUCGUUGGAGCCAAGUUCCUGCGAGACGACCUGCCCUACUUCGUCGAGCUACUCGCCGAGGUCGCCAGCCAGACCAAGUACCAGCAACACAUCGUCAAUGAGGAAAUCAUCCCACUCAUGGAGCUCAACGCAAAGCUACGACUGGCAAACACCCUGGCCAUUGCGCAAGAGAGCGUACACAGCCUUGCUUUCCACCGUGGACUGGGCGCACCGCUUCACCCAACUUCGACGAACCUCUACAAGAACUACGUUACCGCCGAUGCCCUUGCCGAGUACGCUGGUGGUGCAUACGCCAAGCCCAACUUUGCCAUCGUUGCCAACGGCGUCGACCAUGGCGAGCUCAGCAAGUGGGUUGGUGAGUUCUUCACUGACGUCCCUGCCCAGUCAGCCAUCGACAUCAAGUCCGAGCAGUCCAAGUACUACGGCGGUGAGGAGCGCAUUGCACACGCAUCCGGCAACUCCCUCGUCAUUGCUUUCCCUGGAUCAAGCUCUCCAACUGGUUCAUUCUACAAGCCUGAGGUGGCUGUUCUCGCAGCACUUCUCGGCGGAGAGACUAGCAUCAAGUGGGCAUCCGGAUUCUCCCUCCUUUCCAAGGCCGCUGAACAGACUCCACUCUUGCAAGUCUCCACCAAGUCAAACAUCUACACCGACGCUGGUCUGCUCGUCACCAGCUUGAACGGCACCGCCUCGGACAUCCGUGCCACCGCCCCCAAGGUCGUCGAGACUCUCAAGGCUGUCGCGCAGAACAUCAGUGAGGAGGAGUUCAACAAGGCCAAGGCUCUUGCCAAGUUCAAGGAGCUCGAGUUUGCAUCUGGCACUCAGGCCGCUAUUGAGUACACUGGUGCUGGCCUGACCCGGGACGGCAAGCCAUACCAGAUCAACGAGGUGGCCUCAUCGAUCGAUGGCGUGACCGCGGACAAGGUGAAGCAGGUGGCGAAGGAGGCUCUUGAAAACAAGGCGUCUGUCAGCGCUGUCGGUGACCUUUUCGCGUUACCUUAUGCUGAGGAGAUCGGCCUGAAAGUGUAA